AGUGCAUGCUGGGACAUGGCGAGCCGCACUCAGCUCCUCCCCACGUGUUUGAGUGACUGCAGCGCUGCGAUCAGCAACAUGGCAGCAACACCUCUCAUCAACACACAGAGAGAGAUCCUCACACAGUCCAGCUGAAGAACUUCAAGACAACUUCACUAACGCUGGGUCUAGAGCGGGGACGCGCACGUCUGCUGACGCACAGCUCAGAUCGCAACUCAGGCUUUUGUUGAUUUAGUGGAUCAGCGAGGCCUCGGUUGAAGUCCUCCUUCGGUCUUCAUUAUGGCCAGCGGAGAUGAUGAUGAUCCAAUUAUACAAGAGAUUGAUGUGUAUCUGGCCAGAAGUCUCGUGGAAAAGCUGUAUUUGUUCCAGUAUCCAGUGCGUCCUGCUUCUAUGAGCUAUGAGAAUGUGACUCAUUUGGCGGCCAGGAUUAAACCCAAGCAGCAGAAGGUUGAACUGGAGGUGGCCAUGGACACCAUGAGUCCGAACUACUGCGGCAGUAAAGGCGAGCAGAUCGCGCUCAAUGUGGACGGCACGUCCUCAGAGGACUCCAACGUUUACUCGACGAAAAUGAUGGACAAGCAAACAUUCUCCUCGAUCCAGGCGACCACUAACACGUCCCGCUACGCUGCGGCUGUGUUUCACAAAGGAGAGCUUCAUCUCACUCCACUGCAGGGAAUCCUCCAGAUGAGGCCCAGCUUCACCUACCUUGAUAAAGCUGAUACUAAACAUAGAGAAAGAGAGGCGGCCAAUGAAGCUGGAGACUCUUCUCAGGAUGAGGCAGAAGAUGAUGUUAAACAAAUCACUGUGAGGUUUUCCCGGCCCGAGUCAGAACAGGCCCGUCAGCGCCGCAUCCAGUCAUACGAGUUCCUGCAGAAGAAACAAGCUGAAGAGCCCUGGGUUCACCUGCAUUACCACGGUGUAAAGGACGGACGUUCUGAGCACGAGCGCCAGUAUCUUUACUGCCAGGCCAUGGACACCGCAGAAAACACAGAACUGGUGAAAACGCCACGUGAAUAUCUGUCCAUGCUCAUGCCUCCUUUGGCUGAAGAAAAAGUCGCCAAGCCCAUGGGUCCCAGUAACGUGCUCUCCAUGGCCCAGCUCCGCACGCUGCCUCUGGGGGAACAAGUCAAGACGCUGAUGAAGAACGUGAAGGUGAUGCCGUUUGCCAAUCUGAUGGGGCUGCUGGCCUCAGGAACGGACUCCACCGCAGUGCUGCGCUGCAUCCAGCAGGUGGCGCUGCUCGUCCAGGGCAACUGGGUCGUGAAGAGUGACGUGCUGUAUCCCAAAAACAUCUGUAGUUCCCAAAGCGGCGUUCCUGCUGAAGUGCUCUGUCGCGGCCGAGACUUCGUGAUGUGGAGAUUCACUUCAGAACGAACCCUGAUGAGAAAAGAGGUUACUGCCAUCAUAAAGCUUCCUCCAGAGGACGUUAAGGACUUCCUGGAGCAGAUGUCUGUCCCUCGAUUAAACCGAGGCUGGGAGUUCCUGUUGCCCACGGAUUAUGAUUUUGUCAGAAAGCAUCCUGAUGUGGCUCAAAGGCAGCACAUGCUUUGGCUGGGCAUUCAGUCUAAGUAUGACAUGACCUCGCAGAAUUUGACAUUAAACCCUUAUUUUCUUUAUUCUAUGAAACACAAAAGGACUUUUGAUCAUCUAAAAAAAGUGUGCAGGCGCUAUAGCACUGUGUACAGGGUUUUUCCUCCUCAGAGCAACGCUGCGACAGACGAGCAGAAGGUCUUUGGCCUGUGGGAGAGCGGAGAAACCUUCGACAAGCACCGGCAGGUUCUGUUCGAGAUCUUCAUGAAGAACUAUCGCGUCAGAAGAAACGUGAUCCAGUCGCGCCUCACGCAGGAGCUCGGUGACGCUGUCACCAAAACAGAUGUGGAUCGACUGCUCAAGGAGUGCUGCAUGAGUUUGGGAGGGAUGUGGUAUCUGAAGGGAACCGUUCCCUCCUGACAGGAGAGCCGGAGCGCCGCAGAUCCUGUCAAUCACACGCCUCCCUCCCUCAGAGUUCAGAGAGAGUGAACGCGGAGCCAACACACCAACCAAUCACUGCCCUCGGCUGACACCACCGGCCCGGGGACACGCCCACUCCGUUAACCCUUACGUCUGGUCACAUGAGCAUCUCACGAAAAGGGCUGAAGAUCCAUUCGAUCCUGCGAUUGUGGAAAAUUGAAGUACGAGGAAAGGAGUUGUGUGCUGAACGCAUACGAUCAGUUAUGCUGGUUUUCUAUUGCUUUCUUUUUUAUGACCUGAUAUGAAAGUAGGUAUUGCUAAUAAAAAUGACAGGAGAUCAUGAUUCAUCUCAUUUUAUCCUGCUUGUGGCCUUUGGGAGCUUGUCGGCAGAUUUUGGCCUUGUUUCUUACAUUUAGCUGACUGAAAAAAGAUGUUUGGUUCAAUCGUUUUCUUGAUUUUAUUGCAUAUUGAGGAGUUUUUUUUUUUUGGUAUUUUGCCCCACGUUUAAGAAUGACUUUACUGUAACCCAAAGAAAACAGGCUGCAGGAUACGGACACAUUUGAAGACCACUAGAUUAUAAUAAAUCCUCCGAAAUAUUAAUUUCUCAGCUCUCAUUGGGUCAAAUGAAGGCUAUGAAGCUCCCGUUGAAAUGUUUACAGCUCUGACAACCAAAAAAAAGGACAAAACGUUGGUUGAUUCUGGAGCAGUUUAGCUCAAUUCUAACAGACAAACCCUGUAAGUCUAAUAUAUGAAUCAAUGCUCAUGAAUAUUUAUUGGACCUGAAGGGAGAUUGACAUUGGAAUGUGAACCUCUGAAUGACAUUUGCAGUGGAUUUAUAUUUGCAGUCUUGUCCAUUAUAUGUCAGACCGUUUAUGGCAUUCUGCAUAAAUGCUGAAGCAAUUUAAAAAUUAAUUUCUUCUGAAAAUAAAAAAUGCAUAAUGGUUACACUUUUUUUAUUUUUUUUUCGCGACUCGUCAUGCAAGUGAUCUGGGAUUUUUGCUCAAGUUGCUAAACUGUGUUUGGGUGUGAAAGAAAGUGCCUCUUAGUUAUUCAGGGGAAAUAUUCUAUCAGUAUGAUUUGCAAUCUUUAUAAUUAUGACUGAAAUCACCUUCACAUGCACAUGUGUCUCCUCCACGCAUGCAUAUAAAGCGUUCACUGUCAUAAAGUCUGUUUAUUAAUCAUUCCACAUAUUCAUAUUCUGGAUCAUCGUUGCCAAGUCUGUACAGUCACACACUCAAACAGCAGAGAACCCCAAAUCUGACCUUUUUUAGUUGUAUGUCAUUCUGAAUAAACGUUGCAACUGACAACUCAUCUUCAAAAGUUCUUGUUUUAUAUUUUGUCCUACAAAAGACAAUUUACAUUCAGUAGUAUUAUUGAUUUAACUGCAGUGACAUUAUCAGAUAAGAACAAAAUGUGAAAAAAACUGAGCUGAAAAA